AUGCAGCUCCCUCCAGUACUCAUCUGCAUUGUCCUGCAGCUUCUGGUUGGCUCCUCCGCUUAUACGACGACUAAUCGCCACGUGUCAGACGCUCAUUGGCUUCCCGCCGUCGCCACAUGGUACGGAAGCGUUAACGGUGACGGCAGUGACGGAGGAGCGUGUGGGUACGGUACGUUGGUGGACGUGAAGCCGUUUCAUGCGAGAGUUGGAGCGGUGAAUCCAAUUCUCUUCAAAAACGGUGAAGGAUGUGGUGCUUGUUACAAGGUUCGCUGUUUGGAUAGGAGCAUUUGUUCCCGGAGAGCCGUCACCGUCAUAGUCACCGACGAAUGUCCCGGCUGCUCCAAAACCAACACUCAUUUCGAUCUCAGUGGUUCCGCUUUUGGUCGCUUAGCUAUCUCCGGAGAGUCCGGUCCCCCCCGCAACCGUGGCCUCAUCCCCGUCAUUUACCGUAAUAAAUGGUAA